GAGGAAGUGGCCAAGCGGAUGCGGUUGGAGUCGAUGGUGGAGACGCUGCAAGAGGAAGCCCAGGAAGCCGAAGCUCUCCAGGAGGAGCUGAAUGAGAAAAUCGAGAGGCUCAAAGCCGAGCUGGUGGUCUUCAAGGGUCUGAUGAGCGACCCCAUGACCGAUCUGGACUCAAAGAUCCAAGAGAAAGCCAUGAAAGUGGACAUGGACAUCUGCCGGCGUAUCGAUAUCACAGCCAAGCUGUGCGAUGUAGCACAGCAGCGCAACUCGGAAGACGUUUCCAAGAUAUUCCAGGUGGCCUCCAAGAAGAAGGAGCGCCGGUUCACGUCGGAAGAAGACGUGGCCGAGCAGGACACGGACAAUGCCCGCUUCGCGGAAGAGGAGGUCAGCUGCUCUCUGAACAUCACCGAUGAGAUGAAGAGGAUGUUCAAUCACUUGCGGGAGACCUUUGACUUUGAUGACGACUGUGACAGCCUGACUUGGGAGGAAAACGAGGACACUCUGCUCCUGUGGGAAGACUUUACCAACUGCAACCCCACCGUGGAGCUCCCAGGAGAGCAAGAGGAGAACCUGGGCAACUUAAUCCACGAGACGGAAUCUUUCUUCAAAACCCGAGACAAAGAAUAUCAAGAAACAAUAGGACAGAUCGAGCUGGAACUGGCCACCGCGAAGAGCGACAUGAACCGUCACCUCCACGAGUACAUGGAGAUGUGCAGCAUGAAGCGAGGGCUGGACGUCCAGAUGGAGACCUGCCGGCGGCUGAUCAAAGGCUCCGCGGAAAGGAAUUCCCCCUCGCCCAGCUCGCUCGCCAGCAGCGACUCAGGAAACACGGAUGAGAUUCAGGACGACUUUGACCGAGAAGCCGACGUGGAGCCGAUGGUCAGCUGA